CUGAUUUCCAUACAGGCAUAUGUAUUUAGUGGAUUAUAUAAAGUGGGAUGCGCAUGCUAUCUCUCAAGAGCUGGUCAACUUCAAACUCAUUAUCCUCCCUUUCUUUCAGAUUUACUAUGGAGCGCUCCGGAACACAUUCGAAAUGGCAACAUCGAAGGGUCACAAGAGGGUGACAUAUACAGCUUUGGUAUCAUUAGCGCACAGCUGGUUACAAAAACAAGAGCAUGGGAUCUGGAGAACAGGAAAGAAGACCCUGAAGAGAUUAUUUACCUUCUAAAGAAAGGUGGCCACAACGCUCCACGCCCAGAUCUUGAGCCACACGAAAGCGUAGACGUGAGCCCAGCUCUGCUGCAUUUAAUUCGAGAUUGUUGGACUGAACGCCCUUCAGAAAGGCCGACAAUCACUCAAGUAAGGGAACAACUCAGGAGUAUGCAGACAACCAAGUGCUCGAACCUUAUGGAUUACGUAUUUAAUAUGAUGGAGAAGUAUGCUUGUAGUUUAGAAGAAGAAGUUGAACAAAGAACGAAGGAACUGGUGGUAGAAAAGAAGAAAAGCGAUAUUUUGUUGUACAGAAUGCUCCCCAAGGCAGAGCUGAAGAAGUGGAUCAUUCGGGUAGUUAGCCUUCUCAACAAUCUUUAUAUGACAUUCGACAGCAUUAUAGACGCACACGACGUUUAUAAGGUCGAAACAAUCGGAGACGCAUAUUUAUGUGUCAGUGGCCUACCACGACGAAAUGGCUACCAGCAUAUAAAGGAGAUUUGCAGUAUGUCGUUGGGAUUUUUGAAAGCUCUCGUCGACUUUCGUAUUCCUUACCUUCCCAAUGAACGCAAACAAUAA